ACUUUUAUUGUUUUGGUUUGUACGAAAUCAGAUACAGAAGGAAGUGACAACAAGGAAUGUCUGCGAUGGCUGGAGGAACAACCGAGCAGAAGCGUGGUGUUUCUGUGUUUCGGAAGCAGAGGAUCGUUCUCGGUGUCACAGUUGAAAGAGAUAGCGAAAGGGUUAGAGAAGAGUGGAAAGAGAUUCUUAUGGGUAGUGAAGAGACCAUUAGAAGAGGAGGGAGCAAAGCAUGAUGAGGACGCAACAAAACGGGGAGAUCAGUUCGACUUGAAUCCAGUGUUGCCAGACGGGUUUCUGGAGAGGACCAAGGAUCGAGGCAUGGUGGUCAAGGCCUGGGCCCCGCAAGUGGAGGUGCUGAGUCGUGAAUCGGUGGGGGGGUUUGUGAGUCAUUGCGGGUGGAACUCGGUGUUGGAAGGAGUGGUGGCGGGGGUGCCGAUGGUUGCAUGGCCACUGUACGCAGAGCAGCACGUGAACAGGGAGGUGAUGGUGGGAGAGAUGAAGGUGGCUGUUGGCGUGAAUCAGAGGGUAGAAGAUGGGUUUGUGAGUGCAGAGGAAGUAGAGAAGAGAGUGAGGGAAGUGAUGGAGACAAAAGAGAUCAGAGAGAGAAGCUUCAAGCUCAAACAAAUGGCUAUGGCUGCUGUUGCACAAUUUGGAUCUUCCACAACGGCACUUGCAAACUUACUUCAUUCGUGGAUUUCAUUCUAGCAUCAUAUCUUCCAUAAUGGAGAUCCAAUGAACAAGGAAGUUUUUUU